AUGGGCUCCAGGGCGGGGGGCGGCGGGGGCGGCUGGGGGGGGCAGGGGGGCGACGAGCGGGACCACGAGGAAGAGGAGGAGGAGGAGGAAGAGGAGGAGGAGGGAGGCGCCGAGGGCCCGCCGGCACAAUGCCUCUUCUGCACCAGGGUGUUCGGCGCCGCCGGGGAGGCGUUGGCGCACUGCAGCGCCCAGCACGGCUUCGACGUCCGCGAGGCGGCCUGGCAGCACGGACUAGAUUUCUAUGGAUAUGUUAAACUAAUAAACUUUAUUAGACGGAAGAAACCAACAGCAGAAUAUUUGAAAUCACUCAGCAGCCCACUGCCUUGGGAUGGAGAGGAGUAUCUGAAACCAGAGCUAGAAGAUGAUCUCCUGCUUCAGUUCGAUAUAGAAGAUCUGUGUGAACCCGCCAACGUGUGUUCUAAUGGUUUAAAUGAUAUGACAGUGCUUGAACAAUUAAAAUGUGCAGAACACAGAGCAAGACUCGCAGAAGCAGCCUUGGCUAGAGCACAAGAAGAUCUUCAAAAAAUGAAACAGUUUGCCCAAGACUUCGUGAUGAACGUGGAUGUCGGUAGCAGCUCGUCAUCCAACGCCAUUGCAGACCUUCACGAGGAUGAGGAUGGUGUUUACUUCAGCUCCUACGGGCAUUAUGGGAUACACGAAGAGAUGCUAAAGGAUAAAGUGCGUACAGAAAGCUAUCGUGACUUCAUAUAUCAAAAUCCACAUAUCUUCAAGGACAAGGUGGUUUUGGAUGUUGGCUGCGGAACUGGAAUACUUUCUAUGUUUGCUGCCAAAGCAGGUGCAAAGAAAGUGAUUGGAGUCGACCAAUCUGAAAUCAUUUAUCAGGCCAUGGACAUCAUAAGAUUAAAUAAACUUGAAAAUAUUAUUACACUAGUCAAAGGAAGAAUUGAAGAAGUAGAUCUGCCCUUUGAAAAAGUGGAUGUAAUUAUAUCUGAAUGGAUGGGUUAUUUCCUUCUCUUCGAGUCUAUGCUGGAUUCUGUCAUCUAUGCAAAGGACAAGUACCUGGCAGAGGGAGGCUCAGUUUAUCCUGACACUUGCACUAUUAGUCUAGUAGCUGUGGGGGAUAUGAAUAAACAUGCAGACAAGCUGCUCUUCUGGGAAGAUGUAUAUGGCUUUGACAUGUCUUGCAUGAAGAAGGCUGUAAUUCCAGAAGCUGUUGUGGAGGUGCUGGAUCCAAAUACACUUAUAUCUACAGCCACUGUUAUUAAGCGUAUCAACUGUAAUACUGCAUCCACUUCAGAUUUAGAAUUCUCUUUGGAAUUCACCCUAACGAUUACAAUGAGCACGAAGUGCACAGCGGUUGCUGGUUAUUUUGAUAUAUUUUUUGAGAAGGAUUGUCACAACAAGGUCUUGUUUUCAACGGGUCCCUUGUGUACCAAAACACACUGGAAACAAACGGUUUUUCUCCUGGAGAAACCAAUUCCUGUGGAACCAGGGGAGGCCCUGAGAGGAAAGAUAACUGUUCGCAAAAACAGAAAAGAUCCACGAUCCCUCUUUAUAACCCUUUGGGUGAAGGACACAAAGCAGACCUACAGCCUUCAGUGAAAGUUCUACGUAUAGCUUUGAGAAAUGUCAGAUAUAACUGUUAGAUGGAACUGUUGAUAACUGUUUCUAAAUAUCCGGAAAUGGUAAACUCAUGGAUUUCUGUAUGUAUACAUGCAUGAGAAUAUGGAAAGCGUAUCUGGAACUGAGAGAGUACUGUUUGGAUGCUCUUGCAGUGGCAUAUGGCGACUGGUGACACAGUGAGAUUCUGCUGUGUCUCACGUAAUGUGGGGGAAGGAAGGAAAAGCUGGAUUUGAGUUAGAUAAGACUGCUGGGUGAGAGAAAUGCCUUUAAAGUCUUGCUGUGAAGAACAGUGAGUAUUAUCUCUGAAUAUUGUUUUAUUCUCCAGCUGGCAAAUGUUACCAUUAACAAAUAAGCAAAAUCCUUGUGCAAUUUGUUUUAGGGAAAAAGCUAAAUGAUGUGCCAGAGCAGCUCAGCAGUAGCUGGAAAAUCCCGAUGGGAAUAAAUGUGGAUUCCAAUUGCAGGAUUGCAGCAACAAAGACUAUUUUUAUUACAUGUCUAUAAUUAAAAAGUUGUAUCACGUUUCAGUUACAUUUAUCUAAAUAAAUGAUCCGAGUAUGUUGUAUAA